GCGUGAAUAUGACGUAUUACUGACACAUUUAACUGUAUAAAUACCUGCUGUGAUUUUGACACGGGGCGCUUGAUUUGUGGGAAACCCCCGAGCACCCUGGCUUGGGCAGCCCUGAAAUAAACCAGCCAGGUCUCGCCUGAGCGCGCAGGAGUGUUGGCUCAUUGCGCACCGGGUGGCGUACCCGUGUUUCAGGCAACACCGUGUCUCUGUUGAAGCCACCAGCAGCGAAGCCAGGGUGUUUUUCAGCACUAGAUUUCAGAACGGGGAACCAGGGCAGGAGUGGCUUGGGGAGCUGGGGCUGCCAGCUCUCGGCUCUGCCAGCUGCCAUCAGAGCCGCCUGCUGACGGAAGAGGCGUCGUCAGAACACAGCCGGCCCUGGUUAAUUCUGUGGUUCUUACUCAGGUGUUACACUUAGCAGACUGGACAAGACAUCUGAUAUCUGAAUAAUUAUGUUCAGGAGCAAAGCAUUCGGUCUCUUAAAACCUAUUCCCUUGAUGUCUGGCCAGCCAAAUUUGGCUUAUAAAUGUAUACAUCCAGCUAUCGCUUCUCAUGGACAUCACUGUCGCAGGAGAAGUGUGGAUCACAGACAGAGGUACAAGACAUGCCCAGGUAGUGCUGGAGGACAAACAAUAAGUGCUCCUCAGACCAAGGCCAUGGCAGAGGAAGAAUUGCCUGGUGUUUUGAUUUGGGAUAUAGGAGGAACUCAAGGUGUGCUAGAAAACCUUGCAGCACUUUUGAAGAAACACUUCCACCUUAUCACCAUGAAGGAAUUUCUUGAAAACAAAAAAGAAAUGAGCAAAAAAAUCCAAUCUGUUUUCGUGUUUGAGUGCAGGCCAACUAUUGACCGGGAGCUUCUAGAAAGCCUGCCUAAUUUAAAGGUGAUUGGAAACUCUGGAGUUGGAGUCGAUCACUUAGACUUGAAAAUUAUUUCUAACUUUGGCGUAAAAGUGACCAACACCCCACAUGCUGUGGCAGACCCAACAGCAGACAUAGGAAUGGCCUUGAUGCUGGCCUCUGCCAGAAGACUAGUGGAAGGCUGCCAGAUUGCAGUUUCUCCAGACACGAAGUGUUUUGCUGUUGACUGGCUGGGAGUGGAAGUAACCGGAGCGACGCUUGGGAUCAUCGGGAUGGGCAGCAUUGGGUACAAAGUGGCUCAGAGAGCCAGAGCCUUCGACAUGAGGAUCCUGUACCAUAACAGGAACCGGAGACGAAAGGAGGAGGAAGAGGCAGUUGGUGCCCACUACUGUGAGAAGAUGGAAGACUUGCUGCAGCAAUCUGACUUUGUUAUGUUGGUUGUGAACCUGACUCCUGAGACUCACAAACUGAUUGGGAAAAAGGAGCUGGGGCUGAUGAAACCCACAGCUACUCUUAUAAACAUCAGCCGAGGUGCAGUUAUUGAUCAAGAUGCAUUGGUUGAUGCUCUCCAGAAUAAGGUUAUUAGGGCUGCCGCUCUGGAUGUGACUCACCCUGAGCCUCUGCCAAGAGAUCAUCCUUUAUUAAAAUUAAAUAACAUCAUCAUAACCCCUCACAUUGGAACCGCAACAGUCCAAGCUAUCCGUAUGAUGGCAGAAGAAGCAAUGGCAAAUAUGUUGGCUGUUCUCAAUGGCCAACCCAUUCCAAGUGAAGUGUUUCCCAAAUGAUGUGUGUCAGACUAAAUCUCAUAUGUAUGGGAAGGCACUGUUUCUUACAGUACCACUUUAAAAAACAAAGCAACCUGUCCCUGCACUGCUCAUGUUGUCAUGAUACUGCAAAGCUGUCAUCUCGCUAGACUUCAUCUGUCCUGUUAUUUACAAUUCUUAAAAAUAAAAUGGAACUAAUAAACGGAA